CAUGGGAGUGGCUGGAGGGGAAGAACUGGGUCACGCGUGCUGAGUGCUCCAGGUCCCGCGUGUGCCGAUUGAGCUUUAGUUUGCAGAACAAAAGCUACGGGCGAGACCGGAAGAGGCAGCAUGCUAAUCCCGUUUUCCAUGAAGAACUGCUUCCGGUUUCUACGUCACCACAAGGUCCCAACAGCUGGCUUUAGAAACCCAGCCACACAUGGGCUCAUUUUACAGUCGAUCUCCAAUGACGUGUAUCAAAAUCUGGCUAUAGAAGACUGGAUCCAUGACCACAUACAUCUAGAAGGCAAGCCAAUUCUCUUCCUUUGGAGGAAUUCUCCCUGCGUUGUCAUUGGGAGGCACCAGAACCCAUGGCAGGAGUGUAAUCUCCACCUGAUGAGACGGGAAGGUAUAAAACUGGCUCGGAGAAGGAGUGGAGGAGGAACAGUGUACCACGAUAUGGGGAAUAUCAACCUGACCUUCUUUACCACCAAGACCAAGUACAACAGAAUGGAAAACUUGAAACUAAUCGUGAGAGCUCUGAAUACUGUCCAACCCCACCUGGACGUGCAGCCUACCAAAAAGCUUGACCUGUUACUCGAUGGGCAGUUUAAAAUCUCAGGAACUGCAUCAAAGAUUGGCCGGAUUGCUGCGUAUCACCAUUGCACCUUGUUAUGCAGUACCGACAGGACAGCUUUGUCUUCUUUGCUGAAGAGCCCAUACCAAGGCAUAAAGAGCAAUGCCACUCCCAGCAUCCCUUCCGUAGUCAAAAAUCUUCUGGAAAAAGAUCCCACGCUGACCUGUGAAGUUCUGAUGGAUGCUAUUGCUGCAGAGUAUGCUGCUUAUCAUCAAAUUGAUAAUCACAUUAACCUAAUCAACCCAGCAGAUGAGACACAGUUUCCUGGAAUAAACAGCAAAGUCAAAGAACUGCAAAGUUGGGAGUGGAUAUAUGGCUGGACUCCUAAGUUUAGUGUGAACACCACAUUUCAUGUGCCGUAUGAACAGGCACAUUUGGAAAUUCAAGUGUCCAUCGAUGUAAAGAAUGGACGAAUUGAAACCUGUGACAUAAAAGCACCUGAUCAUUGGUUGCCACUGGAAAUAGGUAACAAAUUAAACUCAAGCUUUAUUGGCAGCAAAUUCUGCCCCAUUGAAACCACCCUGCUAACAAAUAUAUUAUUGAGAACAUGUCCAGAUGACCAGCACUUACAUAGUAAAUGGAAUAUUCUGUGUGAAAAAAUUAGGGCAAUAAUGUGACUGAGUAACUUUCUUUAUACUGGCAAUUUCAAUGGUAUUUGGAACAUGAUAUUUGGACCACACUGGCCUCAAACUCAGAGAUCUGCCUGCUUCUGACCCCUGAGUUCUGGGAUUAAAGAUAUGUACCACCACGACCAAUGAUUCAUAAAUUUAUUACCUUGUA